CGUUGGGAGUCGUGCUACUAGUUGAAGUGGUUAGGUUAAAGUGAACGAGCCUCUUCCUGUGUGAGAUCUGUUGAUAAAGAUGGGGACAGGCUAUUCUGCCGAGGCUACAUUCCGUCCCAAAAAAAGAUUUGAACCAGGGACCAUGAAGUUUAAUUUACACAAACAGGCAAAUGCUUCACUGAACUCUGGGAUUGACCUAAAGGAAGUGGUCAAACUGCCUCCUGGGGAGGACAUGAAUGACUGGAUUGCUGUUCAUGUAGUGGAUUUCUUCAACAGAAUAAACUUAUUAUAUGGUACAGUGUGUGAAUAUUGUACAGAACAGACCUGUCCCACCAUGAGUGGUGGACCAAAAUAUGAAUACCAUUGGUGUGAUGGCCAGACUUACAAGAAGCCUACAGCAUUACCUGCCCCUAACUAUAUAGCAUUAUUGAUGGAGUGGGUAGAGGCUCAGAUUAAUGAUGAAAAUAUAUUCCCUGUCAAAGUUGGUGUGCCAUUUCCAAAGCCAUUUUUACCAACUGUAAAGAAAGUAUUGUCACGUCUGUUUCGAGUGUUUGUGCAUGUGUACAUCCACCAUUUUGACAAGCUGGUGUCUCUAGGAGCUGAAGCUCAUGUGAACACAUGUUACAAACACUUCUAUUACUUUGUAACAGAAUAUAACCUUGUUGACAAAAAAGAAUUAGAACCUUUGAGAGAUAUGACAGCCAAAAUUUGCCACUGACCAAACAGAAGGAUUUAUAGCUGAUGCAGUUUCUUAGUGCAGAAUAUUCAACAGUGCAUAAGAUAACAGAAGUUGUUUAUAAAGUUUACAAAACAUUUGAAAUUUUAUCCUUU